AAACAAGAGGCAGCAGUUUGUUGAUGUCGCUAGCAGGUAUAACGGCGGUUUAGUAUAAGUUUUUGGAGCGCUACAGAGCCAUGGACGAAGUGACAGGAGCUCAGCUGAUUGCUGAGUCUCUAAAGGCUCAGAAAGUGGAGUACAUGUUCGGGAUAGUUGGUGUUCCUGUCAUUGAAGUGGCCAUGGCUGCUCAGGCUGCAGGCAUCAAGUAUGUGGGAAUGCGCAACGAGCAAGCGGCUUGCUAUGCAGCUUCUGCCAUCGGUUAUCUGACUGGCAGACCAGGAUCCUGCCUGGUGGUGUCUGGACCUGGACUCAUCCAUGCUCUGGGCGGAAUGGCCAACGCAAACAUGAACUGCUGGCCGGUGGUCGUUAUUGGAGGGUCCUCGGAUCGAAACCAGGAAACAACCGGAGCAUUUCAGGAGUUUCCACAGGUGGAGACAUGCCGCCUGUACAGCAAGUUUUCUGCCCGACCCAGCAGUCUAGAAGCCAUCCCCUCAGUGAUAGAGAAGGCUGUACGCACCAGUAUGUAUGGGCGUCCUGGUGCUUGUUAUGUGGACAUCGCAGGGGACAUGGUCAAUGCCAAAGUGGACAGGAGCCAAGUGAGAGUGGUGUCCUGCUGUCCACCUGCACCUGUGAGUUUGGCUGAUCACGGUGGAAUUACAGAGGCCAUCUCUGUUCUAAAAGCAGCUAAAGCACCUUUAAUCAUCAUAGGGAAAGGAGCAGCCUAUGGCAGAGCGGAGACCGUUCUGAAGGAGUUUGUGGAAAGGAGCGGCCUGCCGUUCCUGCCCACCCCGAUGGGGAAAGGGGUUUUACCGGAUGAUCACCCCAACUGUGUGGCUGCUGCCCGCUCAAGAGCUCUUCUCCAGGCCGAUGUCGUGCUUCUGCUCGGAGCCAGGCUCAACUGGAUUUUGCAUUUUGGUCUGCCACCCAGAUUUAACCCUAAUGUCAAGAUCAUUCAGGUUGACCUUUGUCCAGAGGAGAUGGGAAACAACGUGAGGCCGGCUGUUGCUCUCCUGGGAGACAUCAAUGCUAUUGUCACUCAGCUCCUCACGUGUAUUCGUAAAGAUGGCUGGACAUAUGCCUCUAAUACAGAGUGGUGGAGCACGCUGAAGCAGAAGAUGGCUGCGAAUGCAAAAACAUCAAAGGCACUUGCUCUGACAGAAACGGUGCCCAUGAACUACUACACAGUGUUUCAUCACAUUUCCCAGCUGCUGCCACACGACUGCAUCAUUGUCAGCGAGGGUGCAAACACCAUGGACAUCGGACGCACGAUGCUGAAUAACUACCUGCCUCGGCACAGGUUGGAUGCGGGCACCUUUGGGACGAUGGGAGUGGGUCUUGGGUUUGCUAUAGCAGCAGCUGCCAUGGAGAAGAGCGAGGACCGAGGCCGCAGGGUUGUCUGUGUGGAAGGAGACAGCGCCUUUGGAUUCUCUGGCAUGGAGGUCGAGACCAUGUGCAGAUAUAAUCUCCCUGUGGUCAUCAUUGUGGUCAAUAAUAACGGCAUAUACAGCGGAGUAGAUCCUGAGACAUGGAAAGAAAUGAGCCAAAUGGGAGAUCUGACCUCCAUAGCCCCUCCUGUGUCCCUCCUACCCGAGGCCCGCUACGAUGAGGUCAUGACGGCGUUCGGAGGGCGAGGGUUCCUGGUGAGGACGGUGGAGGAGCUGCGCAGUGCCUUAGAGCUUAGCCUGAGCGACUGGGAGAAACCGAGUCUUCUCAAUGUGCUUAUCGACCCGUCCUCAGACAGAAAACAGCAGGAGUUUCCUUGGCUCACUCGCUCCAACCUGUAGUAGACCUUUGUCCAGAGCAUCGUCAGAACAACAGGGACGGUUUUCUUCAGGAAAGUGGAAAAUAUGAAGCUGCUUUUGUUUUUUUGUGAUUAUUUCUGUGAAAUAACUAUUUGUAUUAAUUUUUACUAGACUGUAUUGUUCAAAUCAACUAAAUAACACCCCAAUAAAACAUUUUUUCACAAUAUA